UGUCUUAUCGUUUGAUCAAACUCGACGAACUUGACAUAAACUUAUUUAAGGUCGACAUAAAAUAAUCAGUGCAGUACUUAUUGUGAAGUCGUGCCAAAGUCCCAAAUUGUGCUCAACCAUGCCCUUCAAGUGUAUAGAAUCCGAAAAACUCUACUCGAAAGACCCAAAAUUAACACAACAAGAUGUAGAUAUUAUUAAAGAAUGGAUGAAGAAACAGCCGCACUUACCAGAUGUGGAAGAUACUCAAAUCCUUCUAUUCCUUCAUAGUUGUUAUUAUCAAGUGGAGGCAACUAAAACUACAAUAGACAAUUAUUUUACCGUGCGAAACCUUUGUCCUGAGAUAUUUAUAGCGCUUAAACCAGACGUCUUAAAAUUUACCUCAUCAGUAGGGUUUAUUACUAUUCUACCGCAAAAAACUCCUGAUGGUUGUAUUGUGCUUAUGGCCAAACUGCUGGAUGCAAAAACGGACAAUUUCAACUGCCCAAACCUUAUCAAUCUUAUUUAUAUGGUGUGUAUGCUACAUUUCCACCAGCAUGGGACUGAUCAAGGUAUCGUUGCCCUUUUUGACAUGAAGGGAUUUACUUUGGGUCAUUUGACAAAACUGCAGCUAAACCCCAUUAAACAUGCUCUCUGCCUUGUUCAAGAAGGAGCCCCUGUCAGAAUCAAAGGGAUACAUGUCAUGAACGCCAAUUCACUGAUUGAUAAAGUUAUAGCUUUAAUUAAACCGUUUUUGAAAAGCGAAAUUUACAAUAUGUUGCAAUUCCACCCUCCUAACUCUGACACCCUGUACAAAAGUGUACCACUAGAGUGUUUACCGAAAGAGUAUGGUGGCUCACAACCCUCCAGUGAAGUCCUGAACGAGCAAACUGUGAAGAAUAUUUCGGACAACUAUGGCUUUUAUAAUUGGCACGAUGGACAGAAAAUCGAUGAGACUAAGCGAGUGGGGAAAUCGAAAUUGGUGAAUGACGUUUUUGGAGUUGAGGGCACAUUUAAGAAACUGGAGCUUGACUGAUAAAAAUUGCAUUAUUUUAGUUGAGUAGGUGCUGUUAGUUAAAAUGAUAUCAGAUUUAUUGAAUGUUGUAUAGUUGUUAUUAUUGGAUUUAAAAUAAAUUUAUCAUUUUUUUAUCGUAAGAAA